GCCUCCGUCCCCUGCGAUGCGAUGGUACAGUCCCAUAGUGACGGCAUCGCUGAGGCCGACUGAGACUUGUUUUGCUACAUUGUUGACGUUCUUGGUCAACAUUUUUACAUUGUUUUGAGUUUUAGGAAUACAGCAUUAGCAAUCUUUUUUUGUUGUUGUCACUGUCUGAUUCCUCACCAACCCUCUACGAUUUUACCGCGCAUCGAGCAAACUCUCCUGGAAUCAGCCACCAUGAAGUGGAUGUUCAAAGAGGAUCAUUCCCUGGAACAUCGGUGUAUAGAGUCGGCCAAAAUACGCAGCAAGUACCCAGAUAGGGUUCCGGUGAUCGUGGAGAAGGUGUCUGGGUCUCAGAUUGUGGACAUCGACAAGAGGAAGUAUUUGGUCCCCUCUGACAUCACGGUGGCCCAGUUCAUGUGGAUCAUCAGGAAACGCAUCCAGCUGCCCUCGGAGAAGGCCAUCUUCCUCUUCGUCGAUAAGACCGUGCCUCAGUCCAGCAUCACCAUGGGACAGCUGUACGAGAAGGAGAAGGACGAGGACGGGUUUUUAUACGUGGCGUACAGCGGAGAGAACACCUUCGGUGUCUAGACCCGCCGUCGUCGUGGUCAUCAUAAGCCUUACUUACGACAGAAUACACCACCCACCACCCCUGGGAGAAGCCCUGGGAAACCCCAGAGAAAAGAAGUGAAAUAAAUAGAUGAAGAGAGUGAUCAGUUGAGUGAGAACCAUCAUGAUGUGUGUCACCAGUCUGUCUAAUCUAUUCCUGCACAUGUUUUGUAUCGAUGCUGUACACAUUCAUUUAUUAAUAUGUUUAUUAUUAUUAUUAUUAUUAUGAUGAUGUUAUGUAUAGUGAUACAAAUUGGACUGUUUUGGUUUUGUCUGACGUUUUGUGCUUUACAUUAGUUUAGGUGCUUUUGAGUUUGUUUGUUUUUUCAUUCGUGAAAUAAUAUUUUUGGUUUUGUUUUUGAAGUUUCACUUUUAGUUUGGCUUUUAUCCUUGAAGAUUUAUAUUUCAAAUAAUUUUAACUAUUUGAACGGUAAGGUAGCUGGAUAACCUAACCAAUAAAAAAUGUGAAUGAU